AUGAGAAAGCAGCAGCUACCGGUUCAGGUUGUUAGCACCGCCCACGUUCGCUUCGAUCGUGUUUCCAAGAAGAGAAAAUGGGAGGAUUUUUUCCCCUUCCGGAUCGAUGAAAACCAGCAGAAUUGUCCGGAGAUUCCGAUGCCAGCCCUGGAGAAGUACCAGGAUCUGGACGUGGUGGUGGCGAAGCUGCCUUGCAAAGGGUGGAGCGGGAAAAGCGGGAUGAGGGAUGUGUUUAUGCUUCAAGUGAAUUUGGUGGUGGCGAAUAUAUUGGUAGAGAGUGGGUGGGUGACGCCGGAGGUAAAACGGGCGGUGUACGCAGUCUUUGUGGGGAGCUGUGGGCCGAUGCAGGAGAUAUUCAGAUGCGAAGAUCUGUUGAGGAAAGUGGAGGAUCAUAGGGUGUAUAAGCCUGAGCUAAGGAGGCUUAAACAAACCAUGCUUAUGCCUCCAGCCUCCUGCCAACUUGCACAGCCAUACGGUGAAACUGGCUAGAGGUGUGUAUGGUCCCGGCCACCUGGCCCAGCCCGAAGGCCCUCCUAAAAAAUGAGAGAGUUUGGGUAAAAAUAUAGGCUCAAAAUAUGGGUUGGGGCAAAAAAACAAGGCCCAUUUAGAAAACUGGUUGGGCCUCGAGUAAAACUUUUUUAGCCCAGGCCCAACCCUAAUUAUAUACUAAAUAUAUAUAUUUUUUAUAUAUAACAUCAUCCACAUGCUUGAAAAUAA